AUGGAGUUUAAGUACGAAAGACCCACAGGAAAGAAAUCUAUCUUCUGCUCUGACUGUGGGAAAGAUUGCAAAUCUUCAUCAGAACUUAAAAUACACCAGCGAGUACACAAUGGAGAGAAACCUUACUGCUGCUCUGACUGCAGGAAACUUUUCUCAAGAUCAAAUUCACUAAAAGUACACCUGAGAAUUCACACAGGAGAGAAAUCUCAUUGCUGCGCUGACUGUGGGAAACGUUGCAAAGAUUCAUCAGAACUUAAAAUACACCAGCGAGUACACACAGGAGAGAAGCCUCACCACUGUUCAGAUUGUGGGAAAAGCUUUUCAACAUCACAGACUUUGAAGCUGCACCAGAGAACACACACAGGAGAGAAGUCUUUUAGCUGUGAUCAAUGUGGGAAGAGUUUUACUCAGUCAAGCUGCCUGAAAUCACACCACAAAAUACACACUGGAGAGAAACCUUAUAGCUGUGCUCAGUGUGGGAAUUGUUUUGUUACAUCUAGCAACCUGAUAUCACACCAAAGAACACACACAGGAGAUAAAUCUUAUAGCUGUGAUCAAUGUGGAAAGAGUUUUGGUACAUCUCAAAAUUUGAUGUUACACCAGAGAACACACAUGGGAGAGAAGCCUUAUAGCUGUGGUCAAUGUGGGAAGAGUUUUACUACAUCUAGCCAUCUGACUGUACACCAGAGACGACACACAGGAGAGAAACCUUAUAGCUGUGAUCAAUGUGGGAAGAGUUUUGUUACAUCUGGCCCUCUCGCUAAAUACCAGCGAACACACACAGGAGAGAAACCUUAUAGCUGUGAUCAAUGUGGGAAGAGUUUUGUUACAUCUAGCCGUCUUAUUGUACACCAGAGAACACACACAGGAGAGAAAUCUCAUAGCUGUUAUCAAUGUGACAAGAGAUACUCUGAUAAAAGAUCUCUGAUCAAACAUCAGAAA